GGAAAAACCUUCCUUCUCCCACUCCUCCCCUUGCCACGCCAGGUCGCCGGGUCGCCCUUUCUCCCUCCCGCUGUUUAUUCCCCAACCGUCCGGCGGAAGGGCAGGAGGGCUCUCCCAGAGCGCCAAUCCGACGUUGGGGCAAUGAAAUUUGGUUAACAGAGCACUGAAGCUUCUCUGUUUUCUUCAAGGAUUUUAGCCGGCCACAGGAUCGGCGCUCCCAUAGAACCGAACGGUGUAGGCUGAAAUAGAGAGCACUAAAAACGACUCUUUGUUCCUAUAGUUUUAAAGCGCCGACUGGCGCUCCUAGGUGCCAGUCCAGGUAAUCUUGGACCCGUCUUCUUCCCCCAUUCACAGUGCAGGAGAUUCUUGUCAGUUAAUAAUGCAGCAAUUUGUAGGGACAACUUCAGAGAAAGUUUAAUUUAUGUGUCAUGUUCCAUGUAAUGUAAUCUUGAUAUAAUUCUCGUGUAAGAGGUAGGAGCAGAAACACUGAAAUCUUAUUUGCUGAAUCAAGAAUCUCUUUAUUGGCAGAUUUUAGAAGGCUGCACUGUUAAAUAUAAUUCAUUCUUAAUCUUGUGCUCUCUCUAGUUUGAGACAAGAUGACGUCUUUAUGAUAAAUUUAUAAAUUAGUUGGUACAUCUGAAUGAAUUUUAGUUCCAGUAGUUCAUGUUCCAUUGUUAGUUGAUCUGCAGCUUGGGUUGGUCACAUGACUUAACAAAAUUGCUUAAACAUGUGACUUUUCUAUAACUACUUUCAUGGGGAUUGACAAGCUUAAGUCUUGACCAUGUUCUGUCUGAACAUCCAACCAGAAACCAGGUUUGACUCCGAGGAUGCGCUGCAGCACAUGUGGAGGAUAUCAUACGGAACAUGUGGACUUUCCCGAAUCAGAUUUCCAAUUUACCCACUCAUGGAAGAUUCUGUGGGUGGCUUUAUCUGGUUUACAGAUCCUGCUUACACCUUGGUUAAGGAUUCCAUGGAACCAGAAAGAAUAGUAUUCCAGAACCUUCUUUUGAGAGUGUUGGAGCAGGGCUUGGUUUGGCUCUUGCGUGGGUGUUUGAAGGAGCGUGAAAGGACUAAAGGGGCAAGCAUUGGGAUGGUCCUGGUGGGUACGGUUGGUGUGAGCUACUCGUUCCCAGAUGCGGAGAUGCCCUUAUCAGUUUCCAAUGCUAGUCAGACUUGGUCAGUCAAGACUCGCUUUCUCUCUUUAUAUGCCCCACACACUCUCCUUAUUUCCUGCUCCAAUCCCUCACAAGACAAAGAAAUCACAUAACCCAUUGUCCCCCCAGAUUCCCACUACCCUCCUAUUCCCAUUUCAAAUCCCCUAUCUUGUCCAUUCCAUCCCUCAGUCUUUGUCCCUCUACGACCUCCUCCAUUUUCUGUCUCUGUUCCUGUUUCCUAUCAGUUAGGUGGAGCAGCUCACCUUCCUUUUGUCACGAUUCUCUUUCAAAAAAAUAAAAAUAAAAAAAAUCC